AUGGUCGGCAGCGUUGUCGUCAAUGGCCUCAUGGGACUUAUUUACGGUACCUUGCUUCUUUUCUGCACAGGUCCCCUCGAAGCACUCCUGUCAACUCCGACCGGAUUCCCGUUCAUGCAAAUCUUCAUGGACGCGACAAAGUCCCAUGUUGGCGCGACUUUCUUGUCCAUCUUGAUCAUCCUCACCGCUGUUGCUGCCACUGUGGCAGGAAUCACCUCCACUUCGCGGACCUUGUGGGCGUUCGCCCGCGACAAAGCCACGCCUUACGAUCGCUAUCUCAGCAAGGUCAACAAACGCCAACAGAUCCCAGUUCCCUCCGUCGUUCUGGUGACCGUUCUGCAGAUGCUACUGGGUUUCAUCUACCUCGGCAACACGACGGCCUUCAACGCCAUUCUGUCGAUGGCCAUCAUCGGCAUGUACUCUAGCUACAUCAUUCCCAUUGUCUACAUGAUGGCGUAUGGCAGAAAGAACUUGAGUCCCUCCGAUUAUGCACCCUUCAAGCUGGGUCCAGUGCUGGGUCCUGUCUUGAACGUCAUCAGCCUGAUCUGGAUGAUCGUGGUCAUCAUAUUCAGCACCUUCCCCUCGGCAAUGCCCGUCACGCCACAGAAUAUGAACUAUUCCAUUGUCGUGAUGGCUGGGUGGCUAUUGUUUGGGGUUUUCUACUACCUGUCUUUUGGCAAGAAGAAGUUUGAGGUGCCGUCAGUUGACAGCAACGUCGUGACCGGCAUCUCCGUUCCUGUGGAUUUUCAUGUCUGA